UUAACAAUAUAUUUUUAUAAUUGUUAAAUGUAACAAAGUGCCUGAAGCAAACGUAACAAUUAAUCUGUAAUGUGACUGUGUGUUUUAUGGUUUAAUACAUGGAGGUAUUAUACUUAUUAUGUCUAGAAUAUUGAGUAUUUGGGAAAGAAUGCCCAAGGAUACAAACCACAAGGUGUCUGUUAAAAAUGGACAGCAUAAAAAAGAAGGGCUCACGAAAGAGGAUCAGGAAAAGCAACAAAUCCGGGAGCUACAGCGUAAACUGCCAAGUCUUAACAGAUUAUUUAAUUUACAUUGCAAAAUCGGUGAGGGAACAUUCAGCUCAGUGUUUCUGGGCACACUCAAGAAUCAGAACAAGUUACCCGACUCUGAGAAGAGGUACUACGCUAUCAAACACCUGGUGCCGACCUCUCACCCUGCCCGGAUAGAGCAUGAAUUGAGGUGUCUGCAGGAUAUGGGGGGCAGAGAGAAUGUGAUUGGUGUGGAGCUGUGCUUGAGGCACCUGGACACUGUUGUGUUUGUGAUGCCCUACAUACCUCAUAACAAGUUUUCAGAUUAUGUUGGAGACAUGGAUGCAGAGGAGGUGAAGCAGUACAUGAAGGCGUUGUUGACGGCGCUGCGUCAUGUGCACUCGUUUGGUGUCAUCCACAGAGAUGUUAAACCCAGCAACUUCCUGUAUGAUAGAGAGAAUAGAAGAUACCUCCUAGUGGACUUCGGUCUGUCGCAGCGCGCGGUGUGGGGUGGCGAGGCGGGGGUGGGGGGCUCGCCGCCGCCCGCGCACGCCGCCAGCGCGCCCAAGCGCCGGCGCGACGACGACGACGACGGCCCCGACGCCAAGCGGCAAGCGCUAGACCUCUCCACCAAGACGCCCAGCCUCAACCACUCCGACAGCGACAAACGCCGGGAGAACAACACCAACAGUGUAGAUACUGUCAAGCAGGAGACUCGCAAUGCCAUCACGGGUCGGGCGGCGCUGGUGCGCGCGCUGGCGGGCGUGCCGGCGCCGGGCGCGGUGGUGCGGGAGUCGGCGCGGGGAGCAGGGCCGUGCGCCGGCCGGGGUGGGGCGCGGGGGGUAGGGUCGUACGCCGGCCGGGGCGGGGCGCCGGGGGCGGGGUCGUGCGCGUGCGCCGGCCUGGGCGGCGUAUGCAGCGCGUGCGCGGCCAGACCGGCGGCGCGGGCGGCGAGGGCCGGGACCGCGGGCUUCCGACCGCCGGAGGUGCUGCUGAAGGUGCGCGUGCAGUCGGGGGCGGUGGACGUGUGGGCGGCGGGCGUGGUGCUGCUGAGCGCGCUGACGGCCCGCUACCCGCUUCUGCGCGCCACGUGCGACGCCGCCGCCCUCGCCGAGAUACACGACCUGCUGGGCACCGCGCCGCUCGCCGCCGCCGCCGCUCACCUCGGUCGGAGGCUGGUGACGUCGUCGCGGCGGCCGGGGCUGUGUUUACGCAAGCUGGCGGCGUGGCUGCGCGCGGCCCCGCCCCCCGCACCCGCCGCGCCCGCCUGCGACGACUGCGGCGUGCCGCGACCGCACUGCGUCUGCCGGGAUGGGCGGCCGGCGGAAGAGUACAGCUCGGCGGUGCGAGCCGGCGGGUUCCCGGACGCGGCGUUCGCGCUGGCGGCGCGCCUGCUCGACCCCGACCCCCGCACCCGUCCCUCCGCCGCCGCCGCGCUACGACACCCCUUCCUCGCCGACUGACCCCGCCCCGCCCCGCCCACCGCCCCACCGAUGCCAAAGUUGCCUCCGGAGUGCCUUGUACGAGAAUGGUACGAGUGUGUUUGUAAUUGAAGACGUAACUGGAUGAAAUGACUAACAAUUUUGAAAAUGUUUGUUUCAUUGCAUUAAUGCGCUUAGAACCGGAAAUAUAGAAAAAAUAGGGAUUUAUUAUUGCAAAUUAUUUUUCGGUCCUAAAGCCUUCAUUUAUGCAAAAAAAUAACAUUUUAAAAAGAUUAGUUAGCCGCUUCAUCCACUUACGUCAUCGAUUGUUUUGCCAGUCUACCAUGUUAAAAUUAUCAAGUAUGACACAAAAAUGUGGCACUUGCAUAGUUUUAACUUUUAAGGUUGGGUUGCACCAGA